UCAGUGUUGAAAAUGUCAGCCAACGUCAAGCAUCCCUGUUGCACCCCUUGURCCAACACAAAUAAUGCCGAAUUCCCAUCCUCCGAACCCGACCCAAAUUCCCAACCCCCAGUSCCCAAUCCUCUGAGYCCAGUUCCAUCACCUCCAGCCCCUUGUUACUUGCCGCAACCAGAGGAUGCCAUCCCUUCGAUUCAAGAAGCCCAAAUGGGACCCAUCGGACCAUGGGCCACUGGACGAGUCGACUGGAGUCCUUUGGCUGGACUUACAGGCACUAGACCCGUAGUUGAUAAGUACUCCAUUGCACGGUAUAGUGAAGGAGAGUGGAGAAAACACAACAAAGAUGUGUUGGAGAUGUCGGCCAAAGAGCAGCAUAAAAUGAAUUUGAUUGAUUGGAAUGGACGUCAGUGUCUUCAGCAAACUUCCGCAGAUGUUGAUAAGAACCAAGAAGACAACACUAAAAGAUUGCGUCAAAGAGAGCAAGAACUGUUUCGGUGGAAAUGCGAAUUGGAGGCUGAAAUUGAAGCAAUUUCGGAAGAAAUAACUCUGACUGAAGAGCAACGUUUUCGACUUAAACAAGCCUCGAGAGUACUUCAAAUGCCGGAAUCCAUUGCUGGUGAAUGUUUAGAGCGCCGAACCGGCCGUUUGGACACUGAAAUUGUCCGAGACGAAGUUGAAGUUGAACUCAUAAGAGAACUCGCCCUCACGGCGGAAAUUAGAGAAACUUUCACCAGAACUCUCAAAGACAUCGAAGCGCAACUUCUUGAAGACAAAACUGCAAAACAACGACUCGAGUAUGAUUGGAGUGACAAAACUGUGGCUCAUGAAAUCGAAGCUUUGAAUAUUUCGUUGACGAAUACUUCAAAUACGAUGCUAUUCAAACCCGGAGCGGUAAUUUUUCCGGAGGAUCAGUCGACGCCCGAAUAUUGGACACAUUUCACUGAAGAAACUUUGUCGGAAGCUAAGGCUACGAGACAGAGAUCGGAGGCGUUGAGGGCCACAUUGGACGCAAUUUUGACCAAUGCGGCGAGAGAUUUAAGGUCGCAAGCAGAUCGAGUGGAGUUGGCAUUGUCCAGGAGGGUUGCUUGUGUUGAAGAGAUUUUGCAAAAGUUGGAACACGAGUUGAAGAAAAUCUUAAAAGAUUUAGCUGACGUUGAAAUUCUCGUAAUCGAUCUUCAAACAGCAAUUAGACGAAUGGAUUUUCCAAUGAAAAAAGCUCAGACUCGCCUUGAUAACAGAUUAGGACGUCCUAGGGUGGAAAACUGUCGUGAUGCUCCGCAUAUCGGAAUUAUCGAAGAAGUAAAAUUUAUUAAAGAAAAUAURGCCGCUCUUCAAGCUCAAUUGAAGCAAGCUCAAGAAUCCCAAGCUCAUUUAAUUAAAGCUCGUAACGAUAUCGAACGAGAAAUAAUGUUAAAACGCAAGACUGUAGAGAUUGAUAAAGGAAGAACACAAUGGAUUCGGUCACAUUAUCCAUCGGCAACAGCACUGUCAGGGUAUUAAAUAAAAUUUACAAAAAGUU